AUGGGAUCAUGUAAGUGUAAUUUAGAUGUGAGUGGCCUAUGCAAAACCCUUGUCAUUUUCUGUAUGAUCCUUUAUUUUGUUUUCAUUGCCCUUUCCAAUCAGUAUCCCAAUUGCCCAGCUUCAGAUUUCUUUUCUCCUUUCUGGAAAACAUCAUCAUCUUAUAAUUCCAUUUCCAUGUCCAGUUCUGUACUUUCUCCUACAAUUUCUAAUUAUUCGAAGACGAAUCUUAGCCACCUAGUUUUUGGCCUUGUGGGCUCCGAAAAAGCAUGGCAUCAUAGGAAAGCAUACAUAGAAUCAUGGUGGAGACCGAACAUUACAAGGGGAUUUCUGUUUCUUGAUAAAGAGCCAACAGCAGGACUCCUCCCUUGGUCUGGAGCUUCUCCACCAUACAAAGUAUCGGAUGAUCUUUCAAAAUUUCUUAACAAAAGCGAUGUCACGGCCCAACGGAUUAUUCAUGGAAUAAUGGAGACUUUUAGAGAGGAUCACGAAAAUCUCAGAUGGCUAGUAAUGGGAGAUGACGAUUCGAUAUUUUUUCUUGAUAAUAUUGUUGAUGUUCUUGCAAAGUUAGACCAUACGAAGUAUUACUAUCUAGGUGGGCAGUCUGAGUUUAUUUUGUCGAAUUACUGGUUCUCGUUUAGCCAAGGAUUUGGUGGGGCCGGAUUCAUGUUGAGUGCCCCUUUGGCAAGAGCUCUGGCUAAAGACAUGGAAUCAUGUCUCAAGAGAUAUGCGCAUCUCAAUGCAGCUGAUCUAACCACAAUGUCAUGUAUUGUUGAUAUUGGAGUUAGUCUGUCUCCACAAAAAGGAAUUCAUCAGAUGGAUUUACGUGGUGAUGCAUCCGGUUUCUUAUCAUCACACCCACAAUUUCCACUCAUGUCCCUUCACCAUUUCGACAUGGUGCAACCAAUAUUUCCCUCCAUGGAUCGUGCCGAGUCCACGCGCCACCUCAUGAAGGCGGCCGAGGUCGACCAGUCUCGAAUUUUGCAACAAACCAUCUGCCAUCACAGGCAAAGCAACUGGACUUUUUCCAUUUCUUGGGGCUAUUCUGCACAUAUAUACGAGAGAAUUAUGCCAAGAAGCUAUUUACAAUACCCCAUUGAAACCUUUAAAACGUGGGGAAAGAGUCCAAGACCACCACAUUAUAUGUUCAACACAAGGAGACCCUCUAACGACCCUUGUGAAGCACCACAUCUUUUCUUUUUUGAAUCCAUAGAAAAACCUCAAAAAAAAGAGAUUUUUACGAGUUUUUCAAGAGCAUGGCCUCGCGGGCUGCUGGCUUGUUCAUCAACAGGCAAUCAUACUGCAGAAAUUAUUUCAAAAAUUAAUGUCUUCUCACCAGCCACAAAGCGCAGUGAGAUUGAUCGAAGUGAAUGCUGCGACGUUGUUCGAAUAGAUGGAAACAAGGUAGAUGUUAAAUUUAGAGAGUGCAUGAGCGAUGAGAUCGUGGCUUAA